AUGAUCGAAAGUGAUGCGACAUCGCCAGACAGCAAAGCCCAAGCUCCCUCAUCACCCUCAGAGGACAUAAUCGCUUACACCGAUCAGAGCUCCUCGGAAACUCCUGAUCAGCUUGUCCGGCAAUCAAAGACGCAGAUCAGCGUGUGGACUGUGCUCAGAGAGGAUGUUGAUGCGGCCGGGCGGGGAAUCUGGCUGCCUGUGAUGAUGUACUGCUUCGAGACGGGCUUCGUGAGCGCAGUCACCUUUACCGCCUGCUCCAUUUGGGCCGGCUUCGAGUCGGGCAACACCAUACAAAUGGGCUUGGCCAUCGCUCGUCUCUUCUCACCCGGUCCGCAAGAGAACGGCACUUUCCUCAUGACCGACAGACAAGCUCUCACAUCGCUCAUCAGCUUUCUCAUCGGUGCUGCGCUCGCUCGCGUGACGGACCGCUAUCCCUCAAUUCUGGGUCCCAAGCAGCGCUCCUGGCUCAUCCUGGCCACGCUCGUGCAAGCUCUGUUCUUGCUUAUCGCAUCAAUAUGCCUCAUCGUCGCACACGAAUCCAGCUUCACGCUCGAUCGAGGCGACCCGUCUUGGACGACCUUCCGCGGCUUCUGCGGACUCGCAUUCGCUUCUGCCAAUCUUGGUCUGCAGGCUGCCGUCGGCAAGAAGCUCGGUCAAGUGGCAAACACGACAGUCGUCCUCACUACAAUAUGGGUGGAAUUCGUCAACGAUCCCAAGCUUCUGCUGACGCCAUGGCGCAAGAACGCUGCAGCAGCGACAGAGGGAAGAGACGGGCGAUUCCUGUCAAUCGCGAGCUUGUUCGUCGGCGCGCUGGUCUCGCGUGCAAUAUUAGCGCAACUAGGUAGCGCUGCGACUCUGGGUAUAGCAGCAGGCAUCAAGCUGUUGGGCUCGGCGUUGUGGCUCACGGUACCGAAGAAGCAAGUGAAGCAUUAG